AUGUCGAAACGAAAGUCGGAAGAGCCCCUGGAGGGCUUGUUUGCCCAGGCAUCCCCAGCAAGCAAGAAAGUGCGCAUUGAAGAUGUACUUGAGGAAGAGACCCGCACCCACGGUGGUCUUGAUACGUCCCAGGCCCCAAACUCUCUGCCUACAAAUGGCGCAAGUGUUUCGGAGAGGUUGUUAGAGGAGCAGUCAGAGGAGGAGGAAGAAGUCGAAUCAGACGUCGAGGGUGACCGGCUACCAGCUGCGCCACUGCGACAAAAAGCUCCCACAGAAGGUUACGAUGAUCUUUACCUUGACACCAUCAACCGGGCCUUGCUCGAUUUCGACUUCGAGAAACUCUGCUCCGUUACCCUCUCGAACAUCAAUGUCUAUGCCUGUCUGGUUUGUGGCAAAUACUUCCAAGGACGAGGUCCAAAGUCACACGCAUAUCUCCACGCCCUCGAGGUCGAUCAUCAUGUCUUCAUCAACAUGGAGACCAAGAGAGUCUAUGUCCUCCCCGAAGGCUAUGAGGUGCACAAUAAGAGCCUGGACGAUAUCAAAUACGUGGUGGAUCCCAAAUACACGGAAGAGGAGGUCAAAAGGCUGGACAAGGACCCGAAAGAGUCAAUCGACCUUGCGCACAAGAGAUACCGGCCCGGGUUUAUGGGAAUGAACAACAUUAAAGCGAACGACUACCUCAAUGUGGUGGUGCAGGCAUUGGCGCAUAUUUCGCCCUUGAGAGAUUUCUUCCUGCUGCACGAGUUUCCUCACACGGCGUCGCAGUUGCCAGUGCGCUUCAGCACGCUGGUCCGCAAACUGUGGAACCCCAGAGCGUUUCGAUCUCACGUCUCGCCACAUGAACUGUUGCAAGAGAUUGCCCUGCGUUCGUCCAAGCGAUUUACUUUGACACGGCAAUCGGACCCUGUGGAUUUGCUCGCCUGGCUCCUCAACAACCUACACAGCACGUUAGGAGGAUCUCGCAAGCCGCUCUCGUCUCCCAUAUACAGGUGUUUCCAGGGAAAAUUGCGGGUGGAAUCACAAGAAAUCACCGCGAAAUCUGAUGCGACGGGUGAUCGGCUCAGGUUCGAGGAAUCAUCCAACAUCAAGACGGACAUGCACCCAUUCCUCAUCCUGACGCUGGAUCUCCCUCCUGUGCCUCUCUUUCGAGAUGCGAUCGAAUCGAAAAAUAUCAUCCCCCAAGUUCCACUCAACAACCUCCUACAGAAGUAUAACGGGCUGAAUGCGAUGGAGAGAGCGGCUCACCGACUGCGACAUCGACUUCUACAUCCGCUGCCGCCCUACCUUUUGUUUCACACCAAACGGUUCAGCCACAACAAAUUCGUUUCCGAGAGAAAUCCAACUAUUGUGACGUUUCCUUCGCCUCGGGGCCUAGACAUGUCGCCCUACGUUGAACCUAAUCCGGCGAUCCACCCACCCGGUGAGCCGAUCCUCUACGACAUGGUUGCGAAUAUCAUCUUGGACACGACCUCGAUCGCUAGUGCCGGCGGCGAAGACACGAAUGCCGCCGACGCUGCGAACAAAGCCGUUGGUGCAGAGGGUCAAAAGGUGGCUUGGAAGGUUCAACUUCGCGACAAGGCUGUUGCGUAUACUCAGCGCACCGAUCUCCCGGAAUGGCUGGAGAUCCAAGAUCUCUGGGUCGAACGUGCAGAGCCCGAGACGCUUUUCACCAGAGAGGGCUACCUGAUGGUGUGGGAGCGGAGGAGAGAAAAGAAGAAAGCAAAGCAAACGAACGGAGCCUGA